UGAAAAUAAAAAAAUAAAGUGGCUGCGAAAAUGUCAGUAUCACGUGGAAAUUCUGCACGAGAAUUGAUUUUGGCACGCACUUUAUGUAAUUUUUCAGGAUUUUUUUUCUUUUUCGUAGUGGUUGAUUUAAUAAAUUUUCAUAGAUUGAUUGAUAGUUGUUACGGUUGAAUUUACAUUAUCAUCAUCAUCAUGUUUUCCAUUGGUCAAACCUUAAAGACCAAGGUCAUGAAUGGGGUUAAUUUAUUAACCUCAAUACGUAAUAUAGGAUAUAUGGGAUAUUUAAAACCUAAUGACGGGGCAGUUGUUGGAUAUAAGAGAUUAGGUAGAGGUCAAGCUUCAGGACUUGGUAAGACUUCUGGUAGAGGUCAAAAGGGUCAAAAAGCUAGAGGAAAAGUUCCAAGAUGGAUGGAAGGUGGUCAAACUCCAUAUCAUUUAAGAUUUCCAAUCAUUGGAUUCAAGAGACCUCAUAAGAAAGAAUAUCAUCAAUUGAAUUUAGACAGAAUACAAGAAUUUUGGAAUACUAAUAGAAUACCUUUAAAGGAAGGUGGUUUAUUGGAUAUAAAAGUGAUGAGAGAAUGUGGAUUAAUAACAGGUUCUAUCAAAGACGGAGUUAAGAUCUUAGGUAAUGGGGCUGAAGAAUAUAACGUACCAUUAAAUAUUGAAGCAUCCAGAGCAUCAGAUAAAGCCAUUCAAAUCAUUGAAAAAUUAAAUCAUACCUUCGUAGCCAGAUAUUUCACUAAAUUAGGAUUACGUGCUCAUUUAAAUCCAGAUUUAUUCUUAUUGAAGAAAGGUUAUGUUCCAUUACAAGCUAGACCAACUCAUAGAAGAGAUAUUGAAUUCUAUUCUAAUCCAGAAAAGAGAGGUUAUUUAUUACAAGAUACUUCUUUAUUAUUGGAUCAUUUAAAAGCCAAUACUACUAAAACCACCAGAAAGUCUGAUGGUAAAUCAGCAUUAGCACAACAAUUAGAAACAGCAUCUAACAAGAAAUAUAAUAGCGAAGUUAAAUUUGUUUCAUUUGCUGAUCUUUAAGAUCACAAUGGAAUAUAUUCAUACAUGUACAUUUCAUAAUUCCUGUAAAUAAUAAUAAAUUAUAUUUAAUAUAUAACAAUACAUAUACUAUACAUUU